AUGUCAUUAUAUCCUGGGAAGCCGUGCACGAGGUGUCGUAAUAAUUGUAAAAGCUCUUAUGUUUGCAACUGUUGUCCCUGGUGUUGUGAAGAAUGUAAUAAAGGUUUCGACAGGUGCUAUGAGUGCUUCACACUUGUCUUCAUGCGCAAAAAAGGCACACAUGCUUAUGUGUGCGAUAAUUUUAAAUGUGCAAUUAAAUGUAAAGGCAAGGAGUUGAAAUGUGAAUGUAAGUGUUGUAAAGAGAAAUGUGCAUCACCUGGCGCCUGCCAAGCCCCUCCUCCCCCCCCUCCCCCGCCUAUCGUUGCUCCCUCCGGUGUUGAGUCUGUGAUCGUCGGCCAACCGCAGCUGUCCGCUCUCUCCACUGAAGAACAUUCCGAAGACGACCCUGAUGAUGACGCUUCUCAACCUUUCCGCCCUGACCCCCAAGCCAUCGCCGCCGUCAUCGUUGGCAUCAUCGUCGCCAUCAUCCUGCUCGACCUGUGCAUCUUCCGCUUUCCGGUGGGCCGCAACAUCCGCGAUUUCGUCGUCCGCAAGAUACCCUUCUGCAUCGCUUUCUACAGCUAA